GUCCUUUUUGGUGGGGACUCUGUGAGCAAAGGCAACGGCAAUAAGCAGAGAGAGAAAGAGCAAAGCCUUGGCCAUGACUUCAAACCUUUACUUGCUUUUCACUUCUUCAGUCUCUUCUCACUUUUAUUUUCCUCAAUCUAGUCCAGUUAUCUUAUCUCACCGGAGGAAAUGUACGGUCCUGAUUUGCUGUUCUAGUAAUCUCUCUGAUCCUGAUCAAUGGGGGAUGUUUCAUCAGAGGAUUGGAUAGAUCAAGUUAGCGAGAGGUUCGAGCUCGACAGUUACUGUUCAAGUGCGGAUGUUAGCGGAUCGGAGAGUGAUACUUCUAGUAGUAGCUUCUCAUGCCGCCGUUACGAUGUCCAAGGUGGCGCUUCCACUUCUUUCACUUCUUCGACUCCUGAUUUCGCCGGCAAUUCCGCGUAUUCUGCGCCUCUUCCGGUGAUGCUCCCGGUUUCUGGUGGAAGAUACGUUGCUAUUCCGGAGGAGAAGGAAGAGAAACCGGAGAGUGACUUGUCCGAAAUCGAACUGAUGAGGGAGCGUUUUGCGAAGCUGCUGCUUGGAGAAGACAUGUCAGGUGGAGGACAGGGAACUUGCACCGCAGCCGCCAUCUCCAAUGCCAUCACGAAUCUUUCUGCGUCUGUGUUUGGGGAGCUAUGGAAAUUAGAGCCAUUAGCGCCGCAGAAAAAGGCAAUGUGGCAAAGAGAGAUGGAAUGGCUUUUAUGCGUAAGUGAUUCCAUAGUAGAGCUUGUUCCGUCAAUGCAAGAAUUUCCUGGUGGAGGGACUUAUGAGGUUAUGGUGGCUCAGCCACGUUCGGAUUUAUACGUGAACCUUCCAGCACUAAAGAAGCUUGAUGCUAUGCUGAUUAGCAUUCUGGACUUGUUUUCUGAAACUGAAUUUUACUAUGUUGAUCGUGGGAUUGUAGUUGCUGGUGAUGAUGUUAUUGAGGAGUUUCCCUUGCCUUCCUCUUUGAGAAGACCACCAAUCAGACAGGAAGGAAAAUGGUGGCUUCCUUUUCCUAAAGUUCCACCGAAUGGUUUGUCGGAAGAGUUGACAAAGAGGCUGCAGCAGUGUAGGGAAUGCACAAGCCAGAUCCUUAAGGCUGCCAUGGCAAUUAACAGUGGCGUGUUAGCUGAGAUGGAAAUUCCUGAUUCUUAUUUUGAGAACUUGCCCAAGAGUGGAAAAGCUUGCUUGGGAAGAAUGAUGUAUCGCUACAUAACUGCCAAACACUUUUCCCCAGAUUACCUUCUAGAUUACUUGGAUGUGUCAUCAGAAUACACCACUUUGGAAAUAGCGAACCGGAUAGAAGCUGCCUCACAUUUCUGGAGUGAAAAAUUCCUGAAUAGGUACUUGGGUCGUGCAAGGGAUGGGAGGUCAUCAUGGGGCGGCAAGGUGAAAGGCUUUGUUGGUGAAACACAAAAAAGGAAACUUCUAGCAAAACGAGCUGAAAUUCUCAUACAUAACUUAAGGCUACGUUUUCCUGGCCUCCCACAGACGGCUUUGGACGCAAACAAGAUCCAAUAUAACAAGGAUGUAGGGUAUGCUAUUAUUGAGAGCUAUUCUAGGGUGAUGGAAAGCUUGGCCUUCAACAUAAUGGCAAGAAUUGAUGAUCUUCUAUAUGUGGAUGAUGCUACCAAGCAACGUGCAACCGCAGAGUCAGUAUCUCCUUGUGUUCAGGGAAAGUUUAGUAGUAGACCAUCUAAACAAAAGUCGAUAUCAUCUAGCCAUGUUUCAUUUCUACACAGUUCCUCGUCUUCAAUGCCAACUGCUGGCUCCUCCGGUGAAGUAAUUAGGAUUCCUAAUGGAAGGAAACACCAUUCCUUGAAGAAGAGCAAUUUAAGGGACUCGCUAGAUCAGACGCUAGAAAAACUAACAUUUUGAUGUGGAGGAAAGAAUAUGAGAAUCCUGCACUGCUAAUUAUGAAUCUAGUUUAGAUAGCUUGAUCCACAAAGUGCAGCUGAAAGCUGGUCGUAGGUAGUGAAGGCAGUGGCACAGAUUUGUGAUUUGUCAACAAUAUGUAUAUUUCCUUCUUCAGAGAUACAGCAUAGGCAUAGCUAAUUAUGGAUGCAAACCGAGCUCUGGUUUCAUUUGUUGGUUUCCUUACGGGUUUUGGAGGUUGAAUAGCUAGACUUUUGAGUGUCUUUUUAUCCA